AUGUCUUACUCAGAAACUCCCCAAAUCUCCAAUCCCCCCACCAUCCACACACCUGCCCCCACCUACUCCCACAUCUCCAGUACCCUCAUCUCCAACACUGCCCACUUCAUCACUAUCGCCGGGCAAGUCGGCAUCCACCCAGACGGGACCAUCGCCCCGGAUUUCCGCAGUCAGGUCUCUCUCGCUCUAGACAAUCUCUCCAAAUGCCUAGAUCAUGCCGGAUGUACGAAAGAGCAGAUCGUGCAGAUGAAGCUUUAUAUUGUUGGGAAGCCGGGGGAGAGGGAGGAUGAGGAGGAAGCAAGGAAAGAGCUCGUUAUGGGGUUUUGGGGUAAGCAGAUGCCCCCGCCGGAUACACUGGUUUUUGUGGCGGGGCUAGCGUUGCCAGAGUUGAGAUUUGAGGUGGAGGCAGUGGCGGUUGCGAAGGUUGUAGAUGGGGAUGUGAGAGAUAUCCGGAGGACAUCGGAACGCUUUGUGCAUUCAGAUGUGGGGGAUUGA